UUGUUGGAGAAGCCAUCAGGAAUGUUUAAUGGCAGAUUCACCAAAAAAGAAGCGUUCCUGUCUUUUCAUGCAAUGCAUAACUAAGAUGUGGAACUUUUUGCCACAGGAUAUUGUAGAGGCUAAAAAACAUGCAGAGCUUCUUUAAAGGGUACAGUUAAGUAGUAAUCCGUUAAGGAAAUAACACAACAAGAACAAGCCAAGACGUACCAAGAUAGAAACAGAUGACCAUACAGCCCUGGUUAGUAAGCCCAGGAAUAAAGGAGGAAAUGGUGAUCUGGCAUCAGCUGGAUUUAACAUUAUCAACUCCAUUAUAGGAUCAGGUAUUAUAGGACUGCCCUAUUCAAUGAAAGAAGCUGGUUUUCCUUUAGGAGUACUGCUUCUGUUUGGGGUUGCCUAUAUCACAGCACAGAUUACAAGCUAAGCGAAAGCCAGAUGAAGAAUAAACGAGAUCUAGCCCUAUUUGUCAAGACAUCUAUCCAAGAUUAUUCCAUUAUAUUACUGAUCAAAGGAGGAAAUCUCUCCAGUACCAACACCUAUCAAGAGCUGGUCAGAAAAACAUAUGGCUUUUUAGGUUAUCUAAUACUUUCAACUCUUCAGUUUUUAUAUCCAUUUAUUGCUAUGAUUAGUUACAACAUAAUAACUGGAGACACUUUAACUAAAGUGUUCCUGAGAAUUCCUGGAGUUGGAUCAGAAAAUGUGCUUACUGAUCGUCGCUUCAUAAUUCUUUUUACCACCAUCAUCUUUACCUUGCCUUUAUCUUUAUAUCGUGACAUAGCAAGAUUGGGAAAGGUAUCGCUUGUUUCUCUGCUUUUAACUGUUGUCAUCCUGUUUAUUGUGAUGGUGAGGACAGUAACACUUGGUCCACAGGUACCCAAAUCAGAAAAUGCAUGGAUAUUUGCAAAAUCAAAUGCAAUACAAGCUGUUGGGGUGAUGUCUUUUGCAUUCAUCUGCCAUCAUAACAGCUUUUUAAUAUAUGGCUCUCUGAAAGAACCCACAUUAAACAACUGGUCUCGAAUCACACAUAUGUCUGUUUUACUUGCUGUUGUUAUCAGUGUACUAUUUGCUGCAUGUGGAUACAUGACUUUUACAGGAUACACUGAAGGAGAUAUAUUUGAAAACUACUGUAGAGAUGACAACCUUGCUACAUUUGGAAGGUUUUGUUAUGGAGUUACUGUAAUUCUGACCUUUCCUCUUGAAUGUUUUGUCACCAGAGAGGUGAUUGCCAAUAUAUUUUUCCAUGGGAGCCUCUCAGCAGUUUUCCAUAUUGUUGUGACAGUAAUUAUCAUUGCUGUGGCGACUGGUGUAUCAUUAGUGUAUGACUGCCUUGGAAUAGUUUUAGAGCUGAAUGGAGUUCUGAGUGCUACCCCACUUGUUUUUAUCAUCCCAACAGCGUGUUAUCUAAGGCUGUCUGAAGAGCGAUGGAACCAUUCAGAUAAACUCAUCUCCUGCCUGAUUCUUGCUGUUGGUGUGCUAGUGAUGACAGUUGGGUUUGUUUUGACUAUCUUGCAUCCCCAGGAAUGUAGCCAUGGAAAAGAAAUGUUCUACUGCUUUGCUAGUAAUGUUUCUUUGUACAACAGUACACUUCCCCCAUAGGUAAUGCUCCAAUCUCUGCACUAGAUCAGGGGCAUCUCCCAGGAAGCCAUAUGAUCCAGUUUAAACAUAUCUGGAACAAAGAUUUUGUUUUCACACAUAACUGUAUUUACCUCCUUGAUUUUUAUGCUGCCAUCUUGUUUCAGACAAAGCUUAACUUUUGAAACAAACUCUCAGAGGUGCUUGUAUAACUGACAAACCUAUCAAAAAGGCUGUGUUUUUUUGUUAUUAGGUCACCAAUACAACUUAAACUAGAUGAUGUGUAGAAAUGUAAACAUCUCCCAUGUUUUGUUGCUGUCAUUUUUAUUAAUUUUAUAAUAAUUGUAUAUUAGUACGCUAUAGCAGGGAGGUUUUUUGCCAUCCUGAGAAAAAGUAUGUCUGGGUCUCUCUCCGUGUAUUCAACUUAUGCUGUUAAAAUGAAAAAUAUCUAUUAAUUCUGCCUUUUAUUUUACAGUAGGUGUUCUUUAGAGCUGAAAGCAUACUUUGUACUGGCUCUCCAGUCAAAGAUGAUUUUGUAUUCUGAUUGAACUGCAGCAGAUGGAAUCCAACUAUAAUUUGUACAAUUCAUGUUCUUCUGAUUAAAAGAUGUUUGCAUGAGUCAAUCUACAUAGGUGAAUUUUAAAGAUUCAGGUAAACAUCCUUUGUAAAAAUUCUAAAGUAGAGAAGAAAAUGGUGUGUAACAAUCACAUCUUGAUUUUUGUUUGUAACUUAUUUCUGAAACUGGUCUGAAGAAUUGAUAUGCAACCAGCAUAUGAUUCAUUUCAAUAUAUAGCUGUCUAUCUCAGAUUUGGUCAUGGUUUCUUAAACUUUGCUGGUUUGUCAUCUCCAAAAUUCAUUUAACAUUAAGGAUUUGUUAAUGUUAGUGUGAGGUAUAAAUAUACACACAUGCCUAUAGAAUGUGAGUAAUUUAUUACUGGUGAAAAUCUGAAGGAUUGUCCUUAUUCUCUCUAUAAAUGCUGGACUUCCAAAAAUGUUUUGUAUCAAGUCAAGCUGUGUAUUUUGCACUGGCAGCUUUUGAUUUAUCUGGAUUGUUGAGAUUUCUUUUGCUAACCAGACUUCAACAACUGGUUGUAUAAUGUUACUCAGGUUUUUAUACAGCUAAAUAGUGAUGCUUUCUGUUUAUCCUGCUUGACAAAGCUAUUUCAUUUAAAUCUUUUUGCUAAAUAAAUCUUUAAGCAAGGAUCAAGCAAGAUGGUGAUAAUACUAGACUAGCAUAUUAUGAAAGCACUUUUUUUUUAAAGUAAAUGUUUUAAAUACUG